GAUUAUUAUCUUAAAAAUGACAAAUGUCGAAAUGUCUUUCACAUGAUAAAUUAUAAAGAAAAAUAUGAAUAUAACAAUUUAAAAUCAUUCAAAUCGCUAUUAUUCCGCACAAUUAACAUGUUAAAUAAUCAUGAUAAUAUUGAUACACCAAAGGCAAAUCUACCAAAUUUUUUCAGAAAAGAUGUGACAAAAUCCUUGUUCUCCUUUCUGAGAUAUGAGUUGACAAUGGAUUACCAGCUGGAACAUGAUGAAGAAAGAUAUUCCGCUAAAAGGGAAAAAGUUUAUUCUUUCAUGAAAAUUCCUUUGGAAAUUGAACGUUACAUGCUUUAUGGCUUCUUGCAAUGUACAGAUUCAUUUUUAUUUAUAUGCGCCUUUCUCCCUAUUCGAGUAGCUGUUGCUUCAUGGUCACUUAUGAUAAAACCUUUCUGUAAAUGUUUUGGUUUGGAAAAAAGUAGAAAGUUAACACCAGCCAAUGUCUGUGAUAUUCUUAGAGCGCUUAUUCUGAUUGUUUGUAGUAUGGUUAUGUGUUUGAUUGAUCCUAAUGUAUUAUAUCAUCUGAUCAAGAGUCAAUCAACAAUCAAGUUAUAUCUUUUUUAUAACAUGUUGGAAGUUGGGGAUAGAUUAUUUUCAUCAAUAGGUCAAGAUGCUAUAGAUGCUUUAUUUUGGACUGCUACAGAACCUAAGAGAAGGAAAAGGGAGCAUUUGGGGAUCAUUGCUCAUCUAUUUUUUGCAAUGGUUUACGUUAUUUUACAUAGUAUUCUCGUACUGCUACAAGCAACAACCUUGAAUGUUGCUAUUAAUUCUAGCAAUAAAGUUCUCUUAACAAUUAUGAUGUCCAACAAUUUUGUUGAAUUGAAAGGUAGCGUUUUCAAAAAAUUUGACAAGAAUAAUCUUUUUCAAUUGUCCUGUAGUGAUAUUAGGGAACGAUUCCACUUGUGUUUUCUUCUGUUCAUUGUGGUAAUGCAAACAAUGAAAGAAUAUUCUUGGAAGACAGAACAUUUUUGGUUACUACUUCCAGAUUGUGUGGUAGUAAUAGUAGUAGAAUUUUUUGUCGAUUGGCUGAAGCAUGCUUUCAUCACUAAAUUUAAUGAUUUGAGCUUAGAUAUUUAUAGGGAUUAUACAACAAGCUUGGCGUAUGAUUUAGCACAAACAAGACAAAAUCAUGCUUUCACAGACUGCUGUGAUUUAGUAGCUAGAAGAAUGGGAUUUAUACCUUUACCAUUAGGAGUUGUUUUGAUCAGGAUAAUGAUAGCAACAACAACAAUAGAAAAUUGGUAUAAGAUUUUUAUAUGCUCUCUGAUUUAUAUAAUAAUAAUUCAGCUUAAAAUACUGACCAGUAUUCUGGUUAUGGGAAGAGCCUGUGAUUUAAUAACUCAGCAUAAACAUGAUAAAGCAUUGUUGAUGUCUCCAAUCAAUAUUAAAUUACUAACUAGCAAAGAAUCAAUUAGAGACACUACCAAAGAACUUCCAACUAGUCCAGUUCAUGUAUUAUAUCAGAAAGAAAAUAUUGAUAACAUUAGUGGUUCUGAAAAUCUUAAAGAUAAACAACUAAUGCCAAAUGAUCUAGGCAGUGCAGCAAUCUUUGCAAAUAGCACUGUUGAUUUGAGAAAUGCUACAUUGAAUGAAGAAGUGCUGAAAGCAGACAUGGAAAAUAUAGAUAUGGAGGAAACCGAAGGUGAUAUUACAAGAAGUUUUCCUAAUAUAACUGCGGAUUUUGAAGAUGUUAGUAAUGGUUUGAAGAGAGCAGAGUCUGAGCCAGCUCUCAACUCUUGUAAUACAGAAGAAGAUGAAACCGAACCCACAAAAAUUAAAUGAAGAUUUGAAAUAAAGGUUUAUUCUGGAAA